AUGACAACCGCCGCGGCCGCGGGGUCGGAAACGGCGAUUGCGUGCGUUUGCACGAUGGGCACCCCGGAGUGCGACGACGAGCUUUGCCUCUUCCUGCGCUGCCUGCGGGUGCACCACCCGGACCUUCCCGUCGUCGUGGGGUGCACCGCCGCCAUGCUGACGGCGGGGGAGGCGACGCGCAGUAGGGCCUACGCCGGAUUCCGCGACGACGGCCGCAUCGAGUGGAUACCCUGCCUGGACCCCUACGCCCCCAUCGACCGCGGCACCAUGGAGCGGCAGCGCGGCGUGUGGUACCCCGCACGCCACACCGACUUUAUGAUGGAGAAGGCGAAUCUCAUGGAGCACGCCCUGGCGCGCCGAGCCGCGCACAGCGCGGAGGCGGUCCUCUUUCUCGACUGCGACGUCGUUCUCCUAGACGAACUUCCGCGACUUCCGCGCGGCACGGAGGUGGCGCUCUCCCCGCACCGAAUUUCGCGCAAGGACGAGGCCCUUUUCGGUCGCUACAACGGCGGGUAUGUGGCGGCCGCCUCCCCGCUGGUUCUGCACGAGUGGCGGCGCGCGACGCGGCACUCGCGGUAUUUUGACCAGGCCUCCCUGGAGUGCGUCGCGCGGAGGUUCGCCCCGGCUCUGUACGAGGUCCCCCCGCAGCACAACUACGGGUACUGGCGCCUCUUUCAGCCCCGGCGCGGGGACCCGCGGCAGGAGGCGCGAAAGUUCACCACGCAGCCCGUCGGCGCGCGCGGCGAGUGGGCGCUCUGCUACGAGGGCAAGCCGCUCGGCUCCAUUCACACCCACCUCCUCCGCCCCGCCGACCCCCGCACGCGGGACGUUGCGGCGUUCAACGGCCUCAUGAAAAAAUGGAUCCUGCGGUGCACGCGCGGCGCGCCGCGUUCCAAUGCAGCUGCGCUCUGCACCGGCGCCGUGGCGGCGGCGGCGGGAAAUAGUCGCUACGAACGGUGCUUCGGGCCCUCGCUUCUCGCAAAUGAAACGCGCUGA